CUGGCUGGCCUUUUGGGGGAGAGCCGCGAGGCUAAAUUUCAACGCACGUGCCAGGUUUCUUCUUCAGCGCUCUCUGCCCCUCGGAUGCGAAAAUACCGUCGUCAAAUCUUCUAUAAAUGGUGCCACAUGCCACGUGCAGUCCCGGCGAUGAUGCUCCUUUGUCUUAUGUCAUAUUUGCCGUUGCGGCAAUGAGUUGACGCGCCUACAAACACUUUUCCUUUCAUCACACGAUGGACGCGACACAACUAACUGCAUUCAAACUCAACUUGGAUGCGCUUCCUGCCUUUGAGCGUGACGCGCAAGACUCGUCACCGUGUGGAGCGGACACGGAUGUCUUCUUCAUCACGUCGUCGCCGGCCAACGCCUUGAACGAGAUGGCAUUCACAUGGCCUAGAGCAAGUGAUGCAAACAACCUAGACGAACUCAACAGUCUCUUCACGACGAGUAACGAGAGUGCUGCCGCUCAAGUCGGGGUGGCCAAACUCGUCCCGCCCGCGGACGAGCCCAGCGUGGAAGAGCUUCGCGAUUUCACUGCGGUCUUAAUGACUCCGCCAAGCAAAACGCGCCCCAUCAAGAGGAAGCUGCUCAGUGACGAUGGUCUGGAAGCUCGAUAUUGCCAGCGAAAUAUGGAACUUCAGUCGGCUCCGAACGUCGCCUCGCCACUGACACAUUACAGUCGACAGCGUCUCGAAAUCGCCGAACUCACUCAGGUCGUCGAAGUGCUCGAGCGCCAGCUACAGAUGCUGAAAGCAUCAAAAGUCGCCCACGGGUUUACUGCAUAUGAAAAAGCCCUCAAAUCGAAAGCUGACCUCCUCGAAGCCCAAGAGACUAACAUGCGCCUCAAGCACCGAGUCCAAGGGCACCUUCGACAACGUCAGCAGCUGGAAACGAUUGCAUUUGGCGGCGUGUUAAGCGGAAUUGCGUAAACGUUAACAAUAUUUGGAGCUCCCAUUGUGGAAUGUUUGGAUGAUUUCACGAGCAAGUACUGUGGUUGAAUGCCUCAAAGUGAAGAUAUAACACUUUUCAAAUGUCUUUAUUCGUCCAAUUUGAGAAAAUCAUUUCGAACAAUCUUG